UUUCUUUCCUUCCUUUCUUCUCCAUAAUUGUUUUAUAAAGUGUCAGUCUCCCAACUCUCAUUUUAUCUCUCCAAAUUGCACUUUUAACACAUGUAGAGAAGCAGGUAAGGAAUGCCACAGUUACCAAGAAGAGGAAAGCUUUUCUUCUGUAGGUUCCAAAUAAAAUUCUCCACAUAAUUAUAGAGCAUUCUGAGUUUGGGUUGAACUCCAACUCCAUAAGUACUUAGGAAUGCCAGCUAAAGCAGAGAUUCUCUGAUUGAGAAGAGUUUAAACCAUCCCCUAAACUCAGCUGAAGAUGUUACCUAGCCUGGUAACGAAACGUUCAGAAACCAACCUACAAGCUCGGAGAACGAACCUUUACCCUCAGCUGAAAUUAUUGCUGAUUGGCCGGCCCGAUGUCUCAUCCGCUCACUCCGCCAGAGUCUGUCUUCGCAUGCUCGGGAUAGACAAAUCCCUUGCUCACACAACGAAGACACAACGGCUACUCUCAACCUGGUUUGGCCAGCCUGUCGAAGCUGUUGCCCGGGGUGUGGCCGCUGCGCAUGUUACAGCUACUAGGAGCCACAGCUGUUUCAGAUCUAGAAACCUCGGAGUUCAGUGGCUGCUAAACCGGCCGGAGGAAAAGGGGGCGAUCCCCUCCCAGGAGCCAUUGUUUCGGGCAGUGGCUCAAGACGAGCCCCUUCAGGAAAGAGCAUCAGACACUCUAAUGGCAUCGUGUUCAUCUUCUGGAACCUCUGUUCUUUCUAGUGGAGGAUUAACAGCAGUUGAGCUUCCAACUCAGGAUUUGGUAUCACCCGAGGAUGUAGCUGUAUUUUUUUCCGUGGAAGAGUGGGCUUUGCUGGAUUCUGAGCAAAAAGCUUUGUACCGAGAGGUCGUGCUGGAAAACGCAAGGAAUAUGGCCUCCUUAGGACAAGAUACUGUACUUUUCCAUCAACUCUUUCUUAGGCCAAAAAUGUCUUCCCAAGGAAAGCGACCAAGCUCUACUUCAGCUCAACAUGGACGCAAGAAACAAAGGAAAAGUAUCAAUUUGGACUUGAAAAUGAAAAUAAUUAAAGCCCACGAGAAGGGGAAGAGGAUAAAGACCAUAGGAGAAGAAGAAGGACUGGCCGCGUCCACCAUCUGCACUAUCCUUAAGGAUAAAGAAAAGAUAAAAGAGGCGAUUAAAUCAGCUCCAGGAACAGAUGCCAUAAUCACGAGAAAUAGGACAGGCCUCAUUUCAAAAACAGAACAGCUACUUGUGCUUUGGAUUGACGAUCGGAUCCAGAAAAGAAUCCCAAUUAGUCUCCAUCUGAUUCAGGCGAAGGCCCGCAGCAUUUUUGAAAUGCUAAAGCAAGGAGCAGGUGAGGAGCGCAUUGAGACCUUUGGGGCCAGCCGUGGCUGGUUUAUGCGAUUCCAAAAACGAUUCAAUUACUAUAACAUACGAACAAUAGGUGAAGCUUUGAGUGCUGAUGAAGAAGCUGUCCAACACUUUCCAGACAAACUGGAUAAAAUUGUAGUAGAGGGCAACUAUUCACCACAGCAGAUCUUUAAUGUGGAUGAAACUGGGCUUUAUUGGAAGCAAAUGCCAGGACGGACUUACAUCCACAAAGAGGGCAAAACAAUGCCUCGAUCUAAAGUAUCUGAGGACAGAAUAACUUUGUUGUUGGGCGGAAAUGUUUCUGGGUUCAAGUUGAAGCCAUUGCUGAUUCAUAGAUCAGAGAAUCCUCAUGUCUUCAAAAACAUAAGUAAGCACGCUCUCCCAGUGUAUUACAGAGCCAAUAAGAAGGCGUGGAUGACACAAGUAAUCUUUGAGGAUUGGUUUGUGUCCUGCUUUGUGCCACAAGUAAGGACCUACUGCUUGGAGAACAAGAUCCCUUUCAGAAUACUACUACUUCUGGACAAUGCCCCUGGACAUCCCCCCCAUCUGGGCAAUCUCCACCCUCGUGUGAAAGUAGUCUAUCUCCCCAAAAACACAAGCCCUCUCCUACAACCUAUGGAUCAGGGAGCAAUUGCAACUUUCAAGGCACACUACUUACGUGCCACAUUGGCCGAAGCCAUAGCUGCAAUGGACAGAGAGGAAAUAAUAUUGUGUGACUUUUGGAAAGGUUACAAUAUCCUUCACUGCAUCCAAAACAUUGCAGUAGGCUGGCAGGAUGUCCCUACAAAAUGUAUGCAAGGGAUUUGGAGAAAAUGUUUAAAACGUUUUGCUGUAUUUGUAAAAAAUUGGGAUGGUUUUGACCAAGAUGAAAAUGUUCAAGUCAUCAGUCGGGAUAUUGUAACACUGGCCAGAUCCCUUAAUUUAAAUAUUGAUGCUGGGGAUGUGGAAAAUUUCAUUGCAUACAACGAGGGGGAACUUUCUAAUGAAGAAUUAAUGCGACUGCAAAAUGAAUCAAAAAAACAGGGGGAUGUGGAGGCAGGAGAAGAUGAAGAGGAGGAGAAGAAGGAACAGGAAGAUGGAGGAGGAGGAGCUUGCAUCUCUAAAAAGUUAACAUUAAAAGACUUGGCAGAAUUUUUCUCCAAAAUGAACCAUGUGUUAUCUUUUUUGAGUGACAUUGAUCCCAACGAAGAACGUGUGGGUAGAAUCCAAAGAGAAAUCAAUAACGUUUUGAAAUGUUAUCGAGAAAUAUAUGAAGAUAAACAAACAAACAAAAAAGAGUGCAAAUAACUUGCAGGAUUUCUCCAGAAAACUACAGGACGCCCAUCCGCAUCUACCUCAACAGUCCUAGAUGAGCCUUGGCCAUUGACCAGCUGCUCCAUCCUUUCAGACCUCAGCAAAGAGGACACAUUUUGAUUUUUCACUGCACUAACGUUUUCACUUUUACUGUAUUUCAAUGUUUUGCACUUCAUUUUUCAGUUAUUGAAGAGUAUUUGUAUUUAUAUAUAUAUAUAUUAGUUAGUUAUUAAAAAGUUUUAUACAUACAGUAAUGUUAGUAAUGUUCGUUUCUUUGAAGAGAAACGGAAAUUGAGGGGAGAAAUGUGUAAGGUGCAGGUAAUUUGGUUUAAAGGGGAAGAAGGUUUUUCUUGCCUAACUGUAAAACCUUUUCUCACCAGUGAAUUUCAUUUUGUUAUUUAGGCCCCAUGGUUCAAGUCUGCUGAGAUCUUUCUGGAUCUUGAGCCUAUCUUCUGGAGAGUUGGCUAUUAUUCCACCACUUUGGUGCUGAUAUGACUCACUCCUGGAAACUUAAAAUUUUUACCAGCCCUCUGUCAGUCUGCCCUACCUUACAGGGUUGUUUUGUGGGGGAGGAAUAAGAAUCAGGAAUUAAUCUUCAGCUUGUGGGGGAGGCUGGGAGGGGAGAGCCAUGGAAUUAAUGGAUCAAUCCAUCAAAGGAUGGGUAGCAUGUGGCUGCUGCUGCAGUGGCCUCCUCUCUGUAGCACAGACCCACUGCUUCUGCUAAUUCCAGUG